CACUCUGCACACGUUCAUCAGUCAUUUACCCAUUGCUUCUGCUGCUACUUUCUCUCUCUAGCUCCGCCCCUCUUUUCACUUUUCCGAGUCUCUCUCUUAGGGUUUUCUUUACCAGUCUCUCAAUUCAGAAAUGGCGCAAGAGUUGCAAAACGGUGCUGGAGCUGACAACGGCUCGGAGGGAGCUGCGGUGGUCUUUGCGGCGGUCAAGCCGUGGUUGGUGGUGGAGUCGCCGAAGGCGAACGACGCCGUUCAGUUCUACAAGGCGGCGUUCGGAGCUGAGGAGGUCAGCCGCGUGAAUCACCCCAAGAGGAAGGCGGAGCAGGAGAUCCCUCUGGUUCUCUCUGCUGAGCUCAAGCUUGGAUCCUCUGCUAUUGUUGUCUCCGACCUCAUUGACGACGCCUCUGCUCCUAUGAUUUCUGAUAGCCAUAACCGUGUCUGUGAGGUCAUGCAUGCAUUUGUCGUGGACAUUGUAAAAUCCACGCUUCUUGUCCAGGUGAAAUCUGUUGUUACCGGAAGCGUGUUCUGCUUGGAGACCGGUGAUGUUGAAGCCGCCGUCACCAAAGCGGUGGCUGCUGGCGCUGUUGCUGAAGGCGAGAUCUCUGAGGGUGAAGGCGCGUUUGGUGGUGGGCGCGUGGGGAAGGUGAUGGACCCCUACGGCAACGUCUGGCUCAUCUGCACCCCAUCUAAGAAGGGUGGUGACGUGGCAGCAUAAGAGCCCUCGAUCUGACUGAAGCACUCCAACAACUAUCUCUAAUUACUACCUAGUCCUUAGUUGCUUUCGUUUUGUACCUAAUCAACCCGGAUUUGACCGACCUUUUAUCCUUAUUUAGGAGAGAAAAAAACUGGUAGAUGAACAAUUUUAGGUGGAACUUUAUUUUGCGAAUCGUCUGGGCGUUGAUUAGUGGGUUCUGAACAAUCAAAUCUAAGUGUUAACUCUCCUUAUUAAUGGCUGGUUAUUACUAUUAUUUGCAGUGCGUUCUGACUUAUGCAGUAUUAAAUUUGGUAUGUUUUUUUUUUUAAAUUUUUGGGGAAGUUCUUCUUUGAGAGUGUUAAAAUAUCUACCGGCGUGGAUGAAAGGAAAAGGUACUAUUUGUUGCUAUUAUGUGGAGAGAUUGCUUUUCUUAGUCUUAAAUUAUAUAUAUUUGCAUAAUAGUAUCCUUUAUCGCGUUUACUAUCCACACUAGUCUUUGGUAAUUUUAUAGAUUGUGAAAAAAUGGAAUUAUUUCGAGAAUAUUGAUGAUACUGUCUUGCCUUCUUGUUGUGAGCUUAUUACGAGUCUACAUUGAUAAACGUGAUCUUUAAUUCUGCUGUCUUUCCUUGGUAAAGCGCCAGUGUACUCUAUCGAAUUUGAAUUUUUCAUAUGAACUUCAAUGCCUUUUUGCGUGCAUCUUAAUCCAAUGGGAUUUGUGUGUUUAGUACCAUGCGUUAAAAUUAGAGUAAAGCAUUGGUGUAUGAAACGUUGAAUGUGAACACAAUUUGUCCCCUUUUGGCCAUUAGGAAGAGCUGCUUGUAGUGGGCUUCAGGCUACUAAUUUGACCAUAUGGAAAAAAUUCAUAUUGGUGUCAACAUCUCGUGAUAAAAAUCCAAAAUUCAGUUACUAAACACUUGAGGGAAAAAGAGGAAAAUAGGAAUUAAGAACUCAUUGCUGUAGUUCAAGUUGGGUGAUAUAAUCAAUUGCCAAAUGGAAGGUUUUUCUUCUCUCUGUCAUUGAUGAGAUUUUCUUUGUUCUCUUAGUAAAGGUAAGGUGCAUAUAUUCUAAAGGAGUUGUGGCUGACUUGGAUAAAUUCUGAUUCCGCAAUAGAAAAAUGUACAGGAUUAUGACUGGUCCCCAAUCGACCUGAAUUUUGGAAACAUAUUAAUUUUUGUUAUUUUGUUUUCCUGUAAUUGGAAAAGUAUGGAUCUAUGGCAAUGUAAUUCUUUUGCAG